GCCUCGCCAAAGGCAGGCAAGUCGUCGCGCUUGCACAGCCGGUCCAUGUCUGUUAUCGAGCCCAAGGUCGUGGCUCCGUCGUCAGAGCCCGAGCGGUCGCGAUCGCCGCCUCCUGCACCUGGGCGCGACCGCUCACUCUCGAUCGCCGAUACCCCUCGGUUUGGCCUCCGGAGGGGUCUCUUGGGCGUCCUGGGUGGCGUCCGUAACGAGGAGCCGACCAAGACCACGAUUCCCUCCAUGACAGAGAUGCACGAGAUCACCGAGACGCGAGCGAUCGGCCCUUCGAUCAUCAAGACCCGCUCAGUCGGAGUCAACACCCUUCUGAACGCCGACGUCGAGGCUGUACAGUCGCUACGGGACCAGAUUGCCAAAGCCCAGGGCUUGCUUGCCAAGCAGAACCGACUCAAGCUGCGGAUGAAGGAGGAGCUGACGGGAGCGCGGUCUGAAAUCGCGGAGCUCAAGACAGAGUUGACUCGAGCCAAGUCGCAACUUGCACAAGCCAACGACAAGCUGGCGAGGAUGCAGGAGGUCGAGGAGGAGCUCAACGCCGCCAAAGAACUACUGGUGAGCUACAAGGCCGAGCUGAUCAUCUACAAGGAGGGGCACCAGCACGCACUCGACUCGAUUGUCCGCCGAACAGACCAGCAGUGGCUACAGGUCGAAAUGGAUCUGGCGAGCGUGCGAUACCUGCUCGAUCAUCCAUGGGCACCUCUGCAGGAAGACGACGACGGCCUUGGAGCGUUUAUGCCGCCUCGCCCCCGCACACGUCCUUGGGAUUUGGACUCGGACUGGGACUCGGAUGUCGAGGACGACCGCGACGAUCCUUGGUGGCGCAACGAGAUCCUCUACGACGGCAGCAUGUCGACCCUGGCUUCGUCUGCAGCCAAGGAGCGGAUGCUCGGGGCGCAGCCGGCUGGAGCUGUCCAAGUGUUUGAGCCGGACUACGGCGUCAUCGUCAACAAACCCAUCAACCCCAAGCUCGAGGCCUGGCGUGCCGGCCUAUCGGGCGGCAAACGCCGGGUCUCGCUCGAAGCCGUCAACGGGAGCAAUCACAGCCUCGGCACCUCCAAGAGCCAAGUUCCUCCUCAGGCAUCGUCGUCUGUCGUCGCACACGGAUCCAGCAAACCCGCUCAGCCAGCACCCGCCCCACCAGCACCAGCACCAGCACCUGCCCAGCCGUCAUCAGAGGUAUCUGCGCAGCCUGGCCUGUCCACACAGGCCACCAACCAGCCAAGACCAUCGGCCAAGGCACCGAACCAGCACAAAGUUCCGAUCCUGAAAGCCCCGCCGCCGCCCAAGAGGCAGAACGGCUGGCUGCGUCCUCUCAGCAUCUGGAUGGGCCAGCUCGGCGAACAGUUCGCGCCUCCGGCUGCUGGCAACGAGCCGGUGACUGAUGACGACCGCACGGCACCACCUAAGCUGGCGCCCAUUCCGUCGAUGCCGCCCCAAGCAGCUGCCCCGGUCUCCACUGCCGCUGCCCCGGUUGCUCCUGUCCCUGGUCCUGGUCCUACGGUGGCCUUCAAAGAAGAAAUCGGUCAGUCCACUCAGGCACCGUCCGCUCCACAGCCACCAGCCAAGUCCAGCAUGCGUCGGUCGUCGUCUCGAGUGCAGCUCCAGAUUCAAACUGACUUCCUCAACAAAAAGGAUCCUGCAGUUGCUGCCACUGAUGGCGCGCCGCCGACCAAGACUCGAGACAGUGUUCCGUUCCAGCUAACACCGACCAACAACCCGCCGAGUGCUGCCACUCCCGAAACCGUGACCGAGCGCCGACAGAGCAAGCAACUGAACCACAAAGUGCUGCAAAAGGUCCAGUCGAACGAGAACCUCGACACCCGCACCCGGCGCCCUUCUCUCAACGCAGUGGGAGGCGGGCGAGUUGACCCCCAGGCACUGCGCCGCAAGAGCUCGAUUGGACAGAUGAGCAUGACGGCAGACUCGACACUCUGGGAGGCACCCUUGACCGAGGACCGAGAGGAGGACGAUGCGGUCGCAGCCGGCUCAAACGAUGCCGGAUCGGACAGGGUUCUCAAGAAGCGGAACAGCACGCACUUUGAAUCGCAUCUGUUGAGCGACCUGAACGACGCCACGGGCGACUGGAACGAUCCCAAUAUCCUUUCUGCUCUGGAGGACUUUUUGGACAAGCCAGACCUUGGUGAGAGCUCAUCGUCGACGCCGCUGAGUGGCCCGAUCCUCCAAGACAAACGAGUCGCCGCCCAGCGAAUAGCCGAGAUCCCAGGCACGCCUGUUGAGAAAAUCGUCAACUCCAGCAACAACGUCAUGUUCAACGAGCCGCAGGUCGCUUCCGUGCUGAAUACGGAGCUGCCGCUGGCUAGCAAGCCGCCACCAAGCUUCCAAGGGAAUGUCUUUGGCUAUCAGAAGCCUGCCACGGAACAAAAGUCCAAUGAGCAAGCAGCCGUGCCGCCCUAUCUGCGGCCGCGACUCAGCCUGGAUGACUUUGGAGGGCCAAUGGCCAAGCCGCUCAUGUCCAAGCCGGCGGUCGCCUCACCUCCAAAAGCCAAAGACAGCCUUCCUGAUCUCCAGUCGCCGUUCGGCAUUCCAAAGCGCCGACAGUCGGCUUUGGUCAAGUCUAGCUUCUCCUCCGACACAUCUGCUGCAACCAUGAGCGCAGCGUCGAGUGCGGGACCAGCUCCGCUGUCUCUGCCGGAGACUCGAUUGAGCCAGACCAAGCUCGAGACCGCAGCGGAAGCGAAGCCCACUCUGGAACCAGUCUUGGAGCAGCCCGAGCCUGCCCAGAAGCCAAAUCCAGCGGCCGGAAGGCACCCCGUGAUUGUUCGCACGUCCACUCUGGUGUCCAAGCAGUCGAGCAAUGCAACAGCAGUCGAACAGCCUCCCUUGGACGAGGCCAGAGCGACAGAAAUCUCGGUUGAGCUGCGGGCCGUUGAACCGGACCCAGUGGAAGCAACAGCGUCAACCAAUGAGAACCCCGCUGGCAAGCCGCCACUCGCCAUCAAGACUGACAUCGACGUCGAUGCCCCGCUGCAAAACGGCGAGUCGUCGACGACGCUGGAGAAGAUGGCCUCGGCACUCGAAAAGACCCUUGAGACUGCGAUCGAGAAUCCGUGGUCGAUCAUGGGCUGGCUGCGAACGCCAAAGCCGCCACCGGCACGCCCCAAUACCGUUCUCGAAACCGGUGAUGCCGAUCAGCAGCCCAAGGCCCGUAGCCAAUAGCCGAUCCUUCGCCAUGGACGCAUGUCGUUGCUGGACAACCCAGCCCAUCUCCCAUCAAUCGGCCCCGUGCCCAGCUUUCCAUCCAUUCAACACUGUC